AUGCAUGAGUCCAGCCAGAUACGACCUGUCGGCCGGAUUGAUGUGGUAAUCGGGACUGAUUCUGAUGACGAUUGUCCUGCCAAAAUUAUCGAGCCUCCGAUCAAUGUUCGUGUGAUCGCCGGUGAGACUGCACUGUUCUUCUGUCGGGCCACGGGGAAUCCGACACCAACCGUGAACUUUCUGAUCGAUCGAACCAUUAGCCAUCCACGUCUCGGUGUCGGUGUGGUUCUAACCAUUCCAGAUGGAAGUCUACUUCGACUGACCAAGGCCCAUCGGGACCAGAACGGAUUACAAGUGGAGUGUGUGGCUAGAAAUCACGUCGGCGGUGACAGUGCCACCGCGCACCUGACAGUCUACGAGACCAAUUCUGAUGUUCCCGAAGGGUAUCCAGUGAUCCACGUGGCACCCAAACCGACCACAGCAGCCGUGGGUGACAUUGCCCGACUGGAUUGUGAUGUGAGCGGGACACCGACACCGCGAGUGAUCUGGAUCAAGAACGAGAUUCCCAUCCCCAUUACGGGGUCUCGAAUUUCCAUUGUCGAUGAGGAGAACAUCUCCAUCACGGGAAGUUAG